GCCACCCCGGACCCGGAGCCGCGCCGAAUCCUGGUAGCGCAUCGCCUCCCGCUCCGCGCGGAGCCCAACCCCGACGCCCCGCACGGCUUCGACUUCUCCCUCGACUGCGACGCGCUCCCGUUCCAGCUCUCCCGUGGCCUCCCCAGCCCCGUCAUCUUCGUCGGCACGCUCCCGGCCGCGGCCGCCGCGUCUAUCGAGGAGUCCGACGAGCUCGCCUCGGAACUCCUCGAGCGCUUCUCCUGCCUGCCCGUGUUCCUCACCGCCAACCUGCACGCCGACUUCUACGACGGCUUCUGCAAGCACUACAUGUGGCCGAUGCUCCACUACCUCCUCCCAUUCACGGGCUCCUACGGCAGCGGCAGCGUCCUCCCCUUCAACGACGAUCUCUACCACGCCUUCCUGACCGCCAACACCAAGUUCGCCGACCGCGUAAUUGAGCUCUUCAAUCCGACCGAGGACCUCGUCUUCAUCCACGAUUACCACCUCUGGGCGCUCCCCACCAUCCUCCGCCACAAGUCCCCGCGCGCCCGCAUAGGUUUCUUCCUCCACUCCCCCUUCCCCUCCUCGGAGCUCUUCAACGCGGUGCCCGUCCGCAAGGACAUCCUGCGCUCCUUCCUCAAUGCCGACCUCGUGGGCUUCCAGACCUACGACUACGCGCGCCACUUCAUCUCCUCCUGCAGCAGGAUUCUCGGCGCCGAGAAGCACAUCAGCCACGGCUACAUCGGCAUCGAGUACUACGGCCGCACCGUGGUCGUCAGGACCCUCUCCGUCGGCGUCGACAUGGACCAGCUCCGUGCGGUCUUGCCGUCACCGGAGACAGCCACCAAGGCCAAGGAGAUCGCCCAUAAGUACAAGGGCUACAAAUUGAUGCUCGGCGUGGACGACAUCGAUUUGUUCAAGGGGAUUGGGCUCAAGCUCCUGGCCAUGGAGAAGAUGCUGGAGUCGCGGCCGGACUUGCGCGGCAAUGUUGUGCUCGUGCAGAUCAACAACCCGCCGCGGAGCCUUGGGCCCGACAUCGACGAGAUCAGAGCGGAGGUGCUGGCCAUCCGGGAUCGGAUCAACACCCGUUUCGGCUUUCCUGGCCACGACCCGGUUGUCCUCAUCGACGGCGCCAUCCCGAUGCACGACAAGGCGGCGUUCUACGCUUCUGCAGAUGUCUGCAUCGUGAAUGCCGUGCGCGAUGGGCUCAACAGGACACCCUACAUCUACACGGUGUGCCGGCAGGAGGGCCCGAUAGUCAACUCUUUGCCCGGCGUGCCCAGGCAGAGCGGGGUUAUCUUGUCCGAAUUUGUUGGGUGCUCGCCGUCGAUGAGCGGCGCGAUCCGGGUUAACCCGUGGAAUGUGGAUGACGUUGCUGAGGCAAUGCAGUCUGCUCUGAGGAUGAAGGAGACCGACAGGCGGCUGAGGCAAGAGACGCACUACAGGUAUGUGAGCACGCAUGAUGUUGCAUACUGGGCGCGGUCCUUCCACCAGGACUUGCUCAAGGCUUGCGAGCACCACUCGUCUAUGGUGGUCGUUAACAUUGGUCUUGCCAUGAGCUUCCGCGUCCUCGCGCUUGGUCCCGACUUCCAGAAGCUCUUGCCUGAGCACAUUCAUCCAGCCUACUGCAAGACUGGCAACAGGCUCAUCUUACUGGACUAUGAUGGCACGCUGAUGCCGCAAGAGCUCAUCAACAAGGCGCCCAGCCAAGAAUUGAUCCGUAUUCUGAAUGAAUUGUGCUCCGAUCCUAAGAAUACAGUGUUCUUAGUCAGUGGGCGCGGGAAGGAUGAACUGGCUAAAUGGUUUGCUCCAUGCGAAAGGCUGGGGAUCUCUGCAGAGCACGGCUACUUCACAAGGUGGAGCAGGCAUUCUCCAUGGGAGUCCUGCAAGUUGGUGAUAGAUUUAGACUGGAAGGACAUUGCACUGCCUGUAAUGAAGCAUUACACUGACUUGACUGACGGAUCAUCGAUUGAGGUUAAAGAAACAUCACUGGUGUGGCGCUAUGAGGAAGCUGAUCCAGAUUUUGGGCCAUGCCAGGCCAAAGAGCUUCAGGACCACCUACAGAGUGUCCUUGCAAAUGAGCCAGUGUGUGUGAAAAGCGGGCAUAAGAUCGUGGAACUCAAUCCUCAGGGGGUGGGCAAGGGACUUGCCGUGGAUAAUCUAGUUUCAGCCAUGGGAGCUCGUGGCAACUUCCCAGAUUUCAUCCUGUGUGUCGGCGAUGACCGGUCCGAUGAAGAGAUGUUUGCGGCUACCACAACUGGGAUGAAGAAGCACGCACUAGCAGAGACCGUUGAGAUCUUCCCUUGCACUGUCGGCAACAAGCCAAGCUCAGCCAAGUACUACCUGGACGAGCCAUCCGAUGUUGUGAACAUGCUUCAGGGCCUGAUAAAGCUAUCGACCCAGCAGCCGGCAGCUUCAAGGUCUCGCGUCUCCUUCGAGUAG